CAGUAGCAACAUGGACGCUUUUUGAUGCAGGGUUCAUUUUGGUAGGACAGCGGCCGCUGCCGAGCUCUUGCUUUCCGCCGCUUGCUGGCUCGUGAUCCUCGGCUUUGCCAUGGGUCGCUGCAGGCUGCUCAGCCAUCUCCGGCUGCACUAGAGGGUCGAGGGUGGCCGUGGCUUCCCGGGCGUCCGUCUUCUGGUCAACUUCUGCUCCAGACCCAAAAUCUCCACGAUGAAGUUUUUACUGGCAGCUUUUGUGUUUGUUUUCUUCUCCUUAUGCGUUGAAGAGGUCUAUCCCAAAGAGAAAUCUUCAAAGAAAGGAAAAGGGAAAAAGAAGCAAUAUCUCUGUCCUUCCCAGCAAUCACCUGAAGAUCUCGCAAGGGUACCUCCUAAUUCCACCAGCAACAUUUUGAAUAGACUUCUGCUUACUUAUGAUCCCAGGAUAAGACCAAACUUCAAAGGAAUUCCAGUUGAAGUGGCAGUUAACAUUUUCAUUAACAGCUUUGGAUCAAUACAAGAAACAACUAUGGAAUAUAGAGUUAACAUCUUUCUAAGACAAAAGUGGAAUGACCCACGACUUAAACUGCCCAAUGAUUGGAGGGGUUCGGAUACAUUAACAGUGGAUCCUACCAUGUUUAAGUGUCUGUGGAAGCCAGACCUAUUCUUUGCAAAUGAAAAGAGUGCCAACUUCCAUGAUGUUACUCAAGAAAAUAUUCUUCUAUUUAUAUCCCGUACUGGCGAUGUCCUGGUCAGCAUGAGAUUAUCUGUUACUCUCUCAUGCCCGUUGGACUUGACCUUGUUUCCUAUGGAUACGCAGCGUUGCAAGAUGCAGUUGGAAAGCUUUGGUUAUACUACUGAUGACUUGCAGUUUAACUGGCAAUCCAGUGAUCCGGUUCAACUGGACAAAAUUGCUUUGCCACAGUUUGACAUAAAGAAAGAAGAUAUUGAAUGUGGCAACUGUACCAAAUAUUACAAAGGAACUGGUUAUUACACAUGCAUAGAAACAAUCUUCACUUUAAGAAGAGAAGUUGGCUUUUACAUGAUGGGUGUUUAUGCUCCUACAUUGCUAAUUGUUGUACUCUCCUGGCUAUCAUUUUGGAUCAAUCCCGAUGCAAGUGCUGCUAGAGUGCCACUGGGUAUUUUUUCAGUGCUCAACUUGGCAUCUGAAUGUACAACUCUUGCUGCUGAACUCCCCAAAGUGUCUUAUGUGAAGGCCUUAGAUGUAUGGCUGAUUGCAUGCCUUCUUUUUGGCUUUGCUUCUCUGGUUGAAUAUGCUGUGGUUCAAGUCAUGCUGAACAACCCAAAGAGAAUUGAAGCUGAAAAGGCAAAGAUUGCAAAGACAGAGCAAGGUGACGGGAAAGGUGGAAAUGCAGCUAAGAAGAACACAGUGAAUGGCACAGGAACUCCUGUGCACAUCAGCACGUUACAGGUUGGAGAGACGCGGUGCAAGAAAGUUUGCACUUCGAAAUCUGACCUGCGCUCCAAUGACUUCAGCAUCGUUGGAAGUUUGCCAAGAGAUUUUGAAUUGUCAAACUAUGACUGUUAUGGAAAGCCCAUUGAAGUCAACAACGGACUUGGGAAAUCUCAGGCAAAGAACAACAAAAAGCCUCCCCCUCCCAAGCCCGUCAUUCCCUCAGCUGCGAAACGAAUCGACCUUUACGCAAGAGCCCUGUUCCCAUUUACCUUCCUGUUCUUCAACAUCAUAUACUGGUCCGUAUAUUUAUGAUAAACCCCUUAUUUUUUUAAAAAAAGUAUGCGCAAUAUAUGCCAUUUCAUUACAUCAUGAAGGCCAGUCUGCAACAAUUAUUUGCAUUUGCAAAACAAUAUAUUGCAUAUCAGAUGCUGUGCUAUUGUAAUGGAACAAAAACUGGCAUCGUGGUUUUGAAUGAAAGCAUGACACCACAACGUCUGUGCUUGAACCAACUGUUGUAUAUACAUGUACAGCGUACAUCCUGCUUUAGGAACAUAUGAAGGAUAACACAUACUACAUUAUUGAAGCUGGAUAACACUCCCUGUGACUAUAAGCGAGAGUUAAAAGUGUUUCUGAUAAUGAAACUGAUGUGCACGCAGAUUAUCAGUAAGAUCAAUAUUCUAGUCUAUGUAGUAUUUACAAGUUCUCCUUAUGACUUUCAAAGCAAAGGCCCAUCUUGUUCUUGUAUAAAUUUAGAUGGCACUGUGGAAGAACAAGCUGAUGUUGUAAUUAAAAUUAUUUAGACUUUGUAAGUGGGCAAAGUAUAUAUUGAGCUGAUCUUGUCUAUGUGGAAAAUAAAGAUAAGAGAAUUUUCAAAAUCA